GUGUGCGUGUGUUUAGAGUAUUUUUAACUUUCCCCACGGCUUGGCUGCUGAAGUACCUUCGGAAGCCAGCGAUUACUCCAGCCUCGCAAUUCUGAUUUUAAGUAGUGUUUACUAUCUCACCCUCCCGUGAUGUUGCCAGGGUUUUCUGAAAGGCGCUUUGCCGUUUGUCCUUUUUCUUCAGAACUUAUCUGCAGAACUGUCAUUUCAACCUGAAGGCCUUGCAAGCCGUCUCUGCCUGGAAGUUGCUUGUCCUGUUUAAGCUGGAAAACAAGUCACUUUGAUUUGGGAUCAUUGCAAAAUAAAAGAACGAUGGGGGGUAACCUUGGCUGCCACCGUUCCAUUCCCCGAGACCCUUCGGAUCUUUGCCAUAGCCGUAAAUUCAGCGCAGCAUGCAAUUUCAGCAACAUCCUUGUGAACCAGGAGAGGCUGAAUAUUAACACAGCCACAGAGGAGGAGCUCAUGACUCUUCCUGGGGUCACCAGGAUGGUAGCCCAAAAUAUUGUGGAAUAUCGUGAGUAUAUUGGUGGCUUCAAGAAAGUUGAAGACUUGGCCUUGGUGAGUGGAGUCGGGGCUGCCAAGCUGGAGCAGGUGAAGUUUGAGAUCUGUGUGAGCAGCAAAGGAAAUUCUGCACAGCACUCUCCCAGCUCUUUAAGAAAAGACCAGAAUCUGGAUCACCUUUCAGCUACUAAAAUCAACAUUAACACAGCCACCUCUGCUCAGCUCAUGAGCAUCCGUGGUAUCACAGAAAAGAUUGCCAACAGUAUUGUAGAAUACCGCAAAGAACAUGGGCCCUUUAAAAGUAUUGAGGACUUGGUCAAGAUGGACUGUAUCAACUCUUCAUUUCUGGACAAAAUCCGACAUCAAAUCUUUGCAGAACGGUCAAGACCCCCUUCCACAAAUACUAAUGGUGGCCUUAAUUUCAUUGUCAAGCCUCACCCAAGCCCCACAUCCCUGAGCCUCCAGAGUGAGGAUUUGGAUUUUCCUCCUGGAGGGCCAACACAGAUGAUCUCCACAAGACCCUCAGUGGAAAUGUUUGGUGGGGUGCGGGAUGGGCGACCUGUGCUGAGGGUGGCUACUUGGAAUCUGCAAAACUGUUCUAUUGAAAAAGCCAACAAUCCUGGUGUGCGAGAAGUUGUUUGCAUGACUCUGUUGGAGAACAGCAUCAAACUUUUGGCUGUGCAGGAGUUGAUUGAUAGAGAUGCACUUGAAAAGUUUUGCAUGGAGUUAAAUCAGCCAACUCUGCCAAACAUCCGCAAAUGGAAGGGCCCUCGAGGAUGUUGGAAGGGAAGCAUUUCACAGAAGCUCUCAGGGCACCCCGAGAAGCAUGAAGAAUAUUCUGGGUUCCUAUGGGACACAACCGCAGGGAUAGAACUGAAAGAAGCUACAUUCUCUGAAGGCCCACACACAAAUGGCAAUGGGAAACAGGUCUAUCUUCACCCUUAUAUUGCACAUUUCAAGAUUGGAAUGAAUGAUUUAAUACUGGUUAACUUGCAUUUAGUGCCAUUGCCGUCUACUGGAGAAAAUUCUGUGAAGAAUCAAAAUAAUCAUAAAUUAGCAGUCUUUGCACAUACUGUACAGGAAACACUGAAAGGUGAAAAAGAUGUGAUUAUUUUGGGUGACUUUAGUCAGCCCCCUGAUAGUAGUGACCAUGAUUUGUUACGAAAGGAAAAGUUCCACCAUCUGGUUCCUGCAAGUACAUUCACAAACAUCAGCACAAAGAAUCCUCAAGGUUCCAAAUCUUUGGACAAUAUCUGGAUCAGUCGUGGCUUGAAAAAAAUUUUCACUGGUCAUUGGGCAGUUGUAAGAGAAGGUCUUACAAACCCCUGGAUCCCUGAUAACUGGUCAUGGGGUGGAGUAGCAUCAAGUCACUGUCCAGUUUUAGCUGAAUUUUACCUCGAGAGGGACUGGAAUAGAAAGGAUCUAACUCGAAAUGGAGGUGGAGUGAUAGUGGAAUGCACUGAUGUGGAUUCUAAACAUGAGCGGUGAUGAAAAAGAUGAAAGCUACUUUUUUCUUUCCCCAAAAGAUGGUUAGAAGAUAGCUUCGCUCAAGGCCUGACAUUGAACAAGAACUGCUGUGUAUUUUGUUUUCAUUUAAAAAUGAAUAAGCUUCUGCUUUUAACAUCUCUCUUUCCUAUUCCCACUUCUGACCCUUUUGUGGGUGUUUUAGGAUAUCCCAUUGCCACUGUGUGGAUUGUGACUUACGGAGAUAUGGAGGCUUCUGUGGCUGGAUAUACCUGGAUAACUGCAAAUAAAAUUCAGUUUUUAAUA